AUGGCACCCCGCGACGCGCAAUUUGAGGCCCGAAUCGAGCUCUACAGGAGAGAGCGACGUCUCCUCGUCGCUAAAAACAUCUAUUGGGAAGCAACCCGAGCUGAGUUUGAGACCGCUGUCCGGGCUAAGCUCACCAUGGGUGAUACCGUCAGCUUCGUCUGGCCUCGUCAGACCGACUGGAGGUUUAGACGCAAUACGAAGCGUCACCGGGGCUAUGCGUUUAUUGUGUUCAACACCAGACCAGAUGCCCAGCGGGCUGUCAGAGAACUCCGGCCAUUCGAUUUCUGCGGUCGUCGGGUCAGGAUUGAAAUCGCAGGCAGGGAAGCUUUUGUCUCGGGUCCUGAAUACGCACAAGUAACUCCAGCUCCCGCCACCGCUGCCUCCACCGCCGCCGCCGUUGCCACUACUCCUGCUCCCGCUCCCGCUGCUGCUGCUACAGCUGCUACUCCUCCGGCCGCCACGAACCGCACCCCCUCUGACUCUAACGAAGAGCCUCGCACGUCCUGGUGGUGA